GCGCGCGCAUCGGCACGUAUGGUAAACGCGGUCUGGAUUUAAUUCUCCAGCGUGGUGAUAAAAUUAUUUUUUUACUGACACAUCCGAAAUCUGAAAUAGAAUAAUAGCUAAAUAAUAAACGUGAUCUGUAAGUCAUACCUGGUCAUACGUUGAAAUGUUGUUUAGAUUUAAACAGACGCUGCUUUUGUCAGUCCUGAUCCAAAAUUUGAGAAAAUCCAGUCCAGUUUUAACGGCCGUUGCCGUGAGCGGAAGAGGUCGAGUGUAAACAAACAUGCCGAUAAAGAUUUAACUUCACACACCAAGUCAUGGAGAGUUAUGAGGAUUUUAUUCAGAGACUUUAUAACAGUCAUUAUAAUAAUGAUGAUGAUGAUGAAGACUCGCAGAAACCCUCGUCAGUGAUUGUGUUUCAUGGAGCUCGUGUUCUCCCUCCUCUGCUGAAUGAGCAGCAGAGAGACGAGAUGAGACGACUGCGAGAAGCAGCCAUGAGUUUGAUGAAGAGGAGGAGCGAGGAAGAGUCUCAAAUCAGCUUCACCGACAUGAGGCUCAGUGAUGCUGAACGACACGCGCACAAGAGUGAUGACAUCAUCACAUCCGCUCCCCUCACGUCAACCGGCCGAUCAGCCAAUCAGCUGCGAGCUUUUCCGGAUGAAAACGAUCCGCUGCAAAACAGCCAGGGCGUCGGAUGCAAAACGCACACACCACAUGACCCACCUGACGACCAGAUGAUGAUGAUGAUGUCAUCAGGGUACGUGACCAAUGACAACACUGAUGUCACGUGUCAUUCCAGCUGGAUUGAAGGAGCCGUCCACUUGGAUACGGCACAACGAAACUCUACAGGAAGUGACAUAAUCAGUCACGCUCCAGUAGAUGGAGCAUUUUUAGAGGAAAAUGAGGUGGUAAAAAAUGUUACAGAACCGGAAAACCCUCAAUCUGACCCGGAUGAGGGUCCGUAUCCAAUGAGCCUUCAAAACCUACUGAAGAAAUCCCAGGAGUACCGGCGGCGCCAGCGUGAAGCCCGAGCGCUCAAACCCACGCCUGACGAGCACAGCCUGUCCGAUAAGGAGAACGAGGAACUCCUUCCCAAACACACGUGCAAGACAGAACCGUGGAAAACCAGGGAGAAGAGGAAGGAGAACACGGAUCACAUGAUCAAACACGCUAAGGCCACGUCUACGUCACUUCCUGUUAAAUCCGAAUCUUUGUUCGCUUCCAAACCGACUCUGGUCCGCAUCUCCGGAUCUAAGAGAUUCACUAACAUCCCGACGCCCAAGUUCUGCUUGAGUCCCGUACGCUGCGUCAAAAAAUCCAGCGGGAUUCCCGGUCCGGUUCGGAAAACCCUGAGCGAGUCCGAGUCGGAUCCCAACAUCUCGAUGAAUAAAGCUGGGAUGAUGUCGGAGCAGACGGAGCAGAUCGCUCAGCUCGAGCUGAACCUGUCCAGUCUUAAAGCGCUGAUCUCAGACCUGGAGUCGACGCUCACGCUUUCACAGAAACACCCCUCCACGGUCACUGUCAGUCAAACGCUCCGGCUAGAGGAUUGUGGGAUUGGCCAAGAGAACUCAAACUCCAUCCAAACCAGUCAUUCAAUCGUAGGCGCCCUCAAUCAUUCUGGGAAAACGAGCGCAGAUGAAGCAGAGAGCUCUCUGAUUGGCUCGUCAUACGAUGUCGACGCCCCCUCCAGUCUGUGGAUGCAGUUGACCCCUGAGACGAGAGGUCAGGAGGUCGUGUCUCAGGUCAAACGGAGGCUCCUGAUGAACGAGUGUGAAGCGUUCUCUCCGGGAAGAGACAGAUCCAGCACGCCUAGAGUGAGGUCAUCGUCAGUGCAGGAGGAUCAUGUGACGGCGCUGAUGGAGGAAGAGCGCAGACAACAACACGAACAUCUACAGUCGUUAGCGGUGCGGUUCCAGUUCCUGCGGAGUGUGUCCUUCACGUGUCCCAGCGCAGGCUCACGUCUGGAGGACACGACGACCUCAUCUGUCUGCACACACACUGGGCUCACACACUCACGGGGUUGUGUGUGUGUGUCUCUGCCGGCGCUGGCGAGGGGUUUCCUGACCCGGAGACUCCUGCGCACAGAGCGUGUGUCACGCAUCAUCACCACCAUCAAGGACACACAGAUGUUCCUGCUGGCGUUUCCGCGGCAGACGGCCGGCGCCGGUCGACUCGACCUCAUGUUGCAGGAGCGCGUCACACUGCAGCUGCGAGCGGCGCGUCACGAGCUGCACCAGAUCUGCUUCAGCUCGAGUGUGUGUGAACGCAUGCUGAUGAUCCGCUGCGACCGCGAGCUGAGCCGCGACCGACCAAUCAGAACACACGAUCAGCACGCGCAGGGAUUCCUCUCGGCCGCCACCAGGAAAGCUUUAGAACGCAAGAAGAGGCUCAUGCUACAGAGGUCAGCUGACCGGAAGAAGGUCUCUCCGUCUGCAGAGGAGGAAUGGAAUCUUGUGCCAAAGAUGUGUCGUGUGUCGAGGCGAGUCAGUGCGCGAUGAUCAGCGACACACUCUUACACUUAUGUGUUUGUGUUAUUGUGUUCAAGCAUUUGCCAACUUUUUAGUGUGUGGUUUUAUUGAUGUUUCCUCUGCGGUGCUGAAGUUCAUUUACUGCUGGAUUUCUGUCUUUGUACACUUGAAUAAAUUAUUAAUAAUAA